GCUUCCUCUGUAUAUGUAUAAUAUAUAUAUAUAUAUAUAUAUCGAUGGUGUCAAGGCAAUACCUCGUAUCUCCAUUUUUUGAUAAAUUUGAAUUACCCGCUAUAGACAAAGAGCUAGAGAGCAUGAUAGUGCUGAACAAUCAAGCGGUUCCUUUUUGGCUUGCAUUUACCCAUAAUUCCCGCUCAAAUUCGUGCAAUACCUCGUAUCUCUAAAAAUAUGGCGUCUUAUGUAGAGUGUUUAUGUGAGUGUUGAUGCUUUAACGCAGAAAAAUAAGAUAUUUCUCCAACUCAAGAGCAGCAAACUAUGGAUUUUGAAAAUAUAAUAGACCAAGCAGAGAUGGUUUUCGAUAAUACAGACAAUAAUGUGGAUAGCAGACAAAAUUUAGAGGAACCACGUAGUUCUAAAUUCAGAUUUUCUCGAACUACAGAAUAGCACUAUAUCACACGCUUUCGAACUAGCAGUAGCCGAAAAUCUGAACGAUGGUUCUCCUACUACAAGUAUGCCUGAAAAUUUAGACACCAACCAACAUGAAAUAGUGCCAUUUUCUGUACAGAAUGUAAUCCAUGACAUCAGCCUAGAUGCUGUAAAUAAUCACUCAGUAAUAAGUUCCUCAAGUGUGUUUGCCGAUCAAAAUGGUGUUUUAGAAGAGACAAGGGUACAGUGGGAUAUCAUUUCCGCUAAAGAUACACCUAUUCAUAUAAAUCAAAUUUCAAUGUGUCAUUCCAACAGAAGCUCUUCGACAGUGGAAGACUUAGGAACAAAUCCACCAAUUAUCAUCAACGAAGAACCGAACAAUAAUUUCAGUUCACAGUCUGGGUCCAAACGUAAAAGAAAUAAGGAACUUAGAAUGAAGAGUAUGGUUUAUACAGGAUUUAGGCGACCAUGA